ACGGUUGCGUUCCGUCUGACAUAACGGAUUUUAUUCUUUUGUCGCCUUUUAAACCGCUUCAUUUGCAUAAUCACGGAGCCGUUGUCUGAGCGACACCUGCUUCUUCGUUUCCUCUUUUGUCUCCGGCAUCUCCAGAGGAGGAGGAGCGGGCGUACCUGACACCUACAGCCGCACGUCACAGCUGCCUUCCCCGGCUCAGACAGCCCGGACCGGCCGCCGCUGGAGGCUCCUUCACUCGGCUUCUUGUGGAGUUUUUGUCCCGCGUGGCGCUGCUGCUGCUGGCUGAGUGAAAACUCCGCGACACUGUCUGCUGGACUGCGCCACAAAUCCGGAUUUCUCAAGACUUUUGAGUCGUUUCUGCAAGCAAGAGGACUGUGUCUGAGAAGAUGCUCGUCCUGCCGGUUCUCUGUGUGCUGCUGUGUGGGACCGGAGCCCCGGGCCCGGCGGCCGGUGCCGACAGGAGCUGCGCCGACCUGCGGCAGUUCUACACCGGCAAAGGAUUCACUCUGGCCGGGGUCCCCCAAAGCGAGAUCUCCGGUGAACAUCUGAGGAUGUGUCCCCAGGGUCCGACCUGCUGUACCAGCAGCAUGGAGGAGAACCUGGCUGGCCUGAGCACCAGAGAAACUGAAGCGUUGAUCAGAGAGGCGGGCAGGUCGCUGCAGGCGGCCUUCAACAACCUCUACAGGAGCUUUGACACCUAUUUCACCGACCUACACAGCCGUUCUGAGCGCUCCCUCCAGGUGGUGCUAUCUCCCCUUGGCCUGCUGUACUCUCAGAACACCCGGCUCUAUGCGGAGCUCUAUGCCGAUUUGCGACAAUACUAUCGUGGCUCUGCUCUCAACCUGGAUGAGAACUUGUCAGAAUUCUGGUCCCGUCUCCUGGAGCGCACCUUUAAAAGCUCCGCCCCUGCUGAUGUCAACCUAUCAGAGGACUAUCUCGAAUGUGUGUCGAAGCAGCAAGAGACGCUUCGGCCGUUUGGAGAUGUCCCACGAGACAUGAAGAUGAAGGUGAUCCGGGCUUUUGUCACAGCCAGAUCAUUUGUCCAGGGGCUGGUAGUCAGUGGUGAGGUGGUCAGAAAGGUCUCACAGGUUCCACUGAGCCCUGAGUGUGUGAAGGCCCUGAUGAAGCUGUCCUACUGCCCCCACUGUCGGGGUCUGACCUCGGUCAAACCCUGCUCCAACUACUGCGCCAAUGUGAUGAAAGGCUGCCUCGCCAAUCAAGCGGACCUGAACUCCGAGUGGCAGAACCUGAUAGACACAAUGAUCCAGGUGGCGUCUAGUUUCAGCACAGAACCCAGUCUGGACGUGGUCGUCUCCUCCAUCCCAGCUCAAAUUUAUGAGGCCAUGCGAUACCUGCAGAACAACAUGAAUACUUUCACAGACAGGGUGUAUCAGACCUGUGGGAGUCCAGGUGAGGCUGGGACAGGUAGCCCCUCGCCUCAGGAGCAGAGGAGCAAAAGCGGCUCUCUGACCUCCUCUGAGUACAAACCUUCCCCCACCGCUGGACUCAGACUGGAGAUACAGGUAUCGGAUCUGUCUAGUAAGCUGAGGGAGAUGCGUCAGUACUGGAUCCAGCUCCCGUUGGCGCUUUGCAGCAAACUGUCAGGUAGUGUCAGUCAGGACAAAUGCUGGAACGGCAUCUCCAAAGCCAGGUACCUUCCAGAGGUGAUGGGUGAUGGUCUGGCCAAUCAGAUUAACAACCCAGAGGUGGAGCUUGACAUCACUAAGCCAGAUAUGAGUGUUCGACAGCAGAUCAUGCAGCUCAAAAUCAUGAGCAACAGGCUGAGAAACGCAAUGGAAGGAAACGAUGUGGACUUUCAGGAUGCAAGUGAAGACAUCAGCGGAUCGGGAAGCGGAAUGUGUUUGAGCAGUCACUGUCCUCGGAGCAGACCGGGCUUGUACGCCUUCCCACCAGACAACAAACGGGUCAGAGGUGUGGCCUCAUCCCAGACCCACCUCUGCAGCCUCCUACUUGUCUUUCCACUGGCUGCCAUGCUGCUUCAGCGAUGAUGGACAGCCGCUGCAGCCAAUCAGACUCUGAGCUCGAGAGGCGAGCUGAACCACGGGAUGGACUCAAUGGGGUUAUCGGGGUGGGGGGGAUGAUGGAAUGAUGUAUUUGCCAAAAAAAAAAGAGACAGUAGGGGAAUGAAUGGACAUAAUUUUGAGCAAAAUGGGACUGCAUUGUUUAUUUUGUUUUGCUCGGUUUUAACACGCAACAGUUUGGAAGUUGAGCUGGUUUCUGUGGAGUCCUGGGACGAGGAUAGUCUGGGACUAGGAUAAUCUGGGAUGAGGAUAGUCUGGGAUGAGGAUUGUUGGAGACGUGGAAUGGUGACGAAUGAUUAAGAAUAUCAAGUCGAUUCAGCUCCAGGAUCCCACCAGCAGCUUCAACUGUGUGUGAAAAGGGUUCAGGACCUGGUCUGUGGCGUGUUUUGCAAGGGUUUGAUUUUUUUUUUUGCUUGGUUUUUUUUUUUUUUGCAAAGGUCCACUUUAAAACAAAGGUGUAAACUGUAAAUGUGUCUGUACAAUAGG